AUGAGCUCGAUGGCUGAGGGCAAUGAGGGCUGGGCGCGCGAGGAUGAGCUUGACCUAGGCCAGGAAGAUGAACAGCAACCCGACCAAGCCGUUCGCGAACAAGCGGUACCUUCCCCACACGAACCAGUCGACGAUGGUUUGGACCCAUUAGGGCAUGUGGAAGACCGCGAUUCCGAACGAACAGUGGCACAGAAAGAUCACGUUCUUCCAGAAACACCCCCGCCGCGUCAUGAAGACUGGGCUGCGACUGGGAGCUUGGACGGAACAGGGUCGAACCCGGACGAUUCACCGUCUUUACAUGGCUCCGUCCCAUCUUCACUAAGCAGCAGUGCGUUUGCGCUCCGAUCGUCUCCUCGCAUCAGCCCAAGCCCGGCGCGACGGCCCUUUGAUCUCCGCUUCCAAUCCCGCCUAUCCUCAUCUCCGCAAAGCGUGUCUCGAGCUGGCUCACCGUUCCUUGCGCAUCUCCACUCCCGACAAUCGUCAAUUACCAGCCAAGUCUCACAUAUUCCAGAUGUAGAGACUGACCCAGUUCAGGGGCCUUGGGAUGUGGUGCGAUGGACCAAAUUGCGGAAGAUCACCGGACAGGCGUUCUCGGAGAUCGGGAAGCGUAAUUUCGGGCGCCCGACUUGUCUUGCUGUUUCCACCUCAAUUGUGGUUGGCACAUCGAAAGGAAUCAUUCUCGUCUUCGACUAUCAGCAAAGCCUCAAGACUAUCAUUGGAACAGGAACCCAAGCUGUUGAAUGCGGAGCUGUUACCUCUCUAGCGCUGUCCGCAGACCACUCCACAAUCGCAGGUGGUCAUGACUCGGGUGACAUUUUCACCUGGGAGAUAUCCCGCUCCGCGAAGCCUUUCCUUCAUAUUCCACCAAUUCCGGCCAAUCAGAUAGAAACUCGAACAUCCGAUGGGCACCUUUCAGGUUCUGCGGUCAUUCACAUAGGCUUCCUUGGCACUAGGCGCACAGCGCUCGUGUCCGCUGAUACGCGUGGAAUGGCAUUCUCCCAUCUCGCGACAAGAGGAAUGGGCGCGGUAGGCCGCACUGUUAAAACCAUACGAAUUCUUGGUCGAUACCCGCAGGCAAUAACGGAGAUCAAACGCCGAAAACCUAGCUCGGUGCUUGCCUUUUCCCCUCUGCCACUCGGGAAUGUGGAGCAAUCCACUGAUUCACUGGGUCUAGUUGCUAUGCUGACGCCAUAUCUUUUGGUUAUCGUAUCCACCACGCCAGUGGCACAAACCCAGCACAAAGCCCCCCGACCAAAGGAAGUCCAGGCUCAUGGUGCUAUGACUGGUGCCCUUGCAUGGUUUCCGGCUAUCCGACUCAAGGGCAAAGACACCCAGACAUCAAAUACAAAAUUAGUCUACUGCUGGUCCAAUGUGUUGACCGUGCUUGAGGUCACAGAAGCCGAGACAGAUGAGCCAGUGGACAAGGAUAAACCCCCUAGCCUUGCCUUUAGGGCACGGAGCAGGUGGAGAGCAGAUGAAGCCAUUGUAGCUGUUCAAUGGCUGAGUCGCUCGGUGCUUGCUGUGUUUACAAUUACGCAGCGGCUCCUGAUCAUCGAGGAUUAUUCUAUGCACGUUACCGACUCAAUAGAUCUCGCUAACAGGCAUAUAUACCACACCGAUCUCUUCUCUUCGCAGCUACAUUCAUUGGUUGAGCAGCUUGAUGAGGAAGAUGAUUCGAUGCACGGAGUAGUAGCCGAUGCAUUUCACAUGAGUUUUCGUUCCUAUAAAGGUCGUUUGUUCCUACUCGGCUACAAUGAAGCUUUGGUGGGGACUCUUUCGAACUGGGCGGAUCGUUUGCUUGCUCUCAUGGAGGCGGGUGAUUUCAUCUCAGCCAUCCGGCUAGCGACGUCUUACUACACAGGGGAUGCGGAGAAGCUGACAGUUGGACUUCCCGAGGAAGACAGCAUGAGACAGCCCAUCGUUCAAGAAAAACUCCUUGAAAUGAUUUCCGCGUCCCUGAAGUACUCCUUUGGUCGGAACUCAGAAGCGAGUAAUGUUCGAUUAGAGAAUCAGCAACUGAGGGAGCUAGCGGACGUGUCCAUCGCGGCUUGUGUGCAUAUGGCCGACGACGAGUUCCUCUGGGAAGAGGUCUUCAAUUGGUAUGAGGAGCAGGAAUCUCCAGGUAUUUUCCUGUCUUCCCUCGAGCCACGUAUAGUCGAUGGAACCUUGCGUUCGCUCCCUCCAACUGCAAUCAAGUCUUUGAUUAGCCACUUCAUCGAAACCCAUUCCCCUGGUCGCUUGGAAGAAAUCAUUUGCCAGCUGGAUACCACUACGAUGGAUAUUGACCAGGUAACCACCUUGUGCAAGCAGCAUAAUCUGUAUGAUGCUUUUAUCUAUGUGUGGAAUCGCUGCCUGAUGGAUUACAUUGGUCCAUUGGAAGAGCUAGUGGGCCUGAUUUCCCCCCAGCCAGAGACCCUGGUAAAUGGUGAUCAUGUGAAUGAGAUGCGACGACAGAACAAUGCGAUGAAAAUGUUCCCGUACUUGUCCUUCAUUUUGACUGGUCGCGUUUACCCUACAGGUGACGACAUGGACCAGUUUGUCGCUUCGCGUGUCAAGGCAGACGUGUAUAAAUACCUGUUCUCCGGGCAAGGUUCCAGCACUUCGCCUGGCGAUCUCGAACAGGCAGAUUCGUUCUCAUCGCUUCGAGCCAUGCUGAAGUUUGAUCCUUCUAGCUUCAUGAGUAUGCUCAACGAGGCUUUCGAAGACAGUUUUCUGAACGAGCCCGAGGACGACGAUGUCCCAACCUCGGGCAUGUCGAUCAACCGGCAAUAUCUGAUCAGCAUUUUGCUUCAAGUCAUGACGGGCCCCUUCUUCACGCCUUUCGAGACUAUUUACCUGGACAUGUUUGUUGCGCGUAAUCUUCCCAAAUACCCCCAGUACAUUCUGCUUUCCGGCACGACUCUGCAUCAAGUCUUGGUUCGCGUCUGCCAAUACUCCGAGGAAGACAUGGCAGAUGACUGCGAGUUGAGUGCGGAGUAUCUCCUCUCUUUCUAUCACCCGCCUGAUAUCCAGAGCAUGAUCCCUCUCUUCAAGGAGGCGCGCUUUUUCCGAGUAUUGAAAUCAACUUAUCGAUCAGAAAAGCAAUACGCUGAGCUAGUUCUGACUCAUUUGGAAGAUCCGAAUGAUCGUGAAACUAUCUUUACCUGUCUACGUGAUUGUCUUCGUGUGGGAUCAGGGCUUGGCAAAAAGCAAAGAAGAGACGUUCUGGAAGUUGUGGAGAAGCGGGCUCGCGAAAUCGCCGCAAUUGAUGUGACCCACACGGCCCAGACCAUGCAAGACCUCGCCCCCGAAACCCAUUCGACGUUCUUGCGGGUUUUAGAAGAGGACCCCCAAAAGCAGUAUCAGUACCUGCUUGUCUUGGUCGAGCCAAAUUCUCAAUCGGCGGAUAGCCGAGCGCCGACCACCGCAGAGAACUGGAUGGUUGAGCGGUACGUCCAGCUUCUGUGCAAGUACAACCCCUCGCAUGUGGCCGAAUUCGUAGACGGCUUGCGUGUAGGCAAUAUUCACCUUGAGGAACUGCUUCCUUUCAUCGAGGAGAGCGGGGCCAUUGAUGCUGCCGUCAUCCUCCUUGCCCGACAGGGUCAGGUCCGCGAGGCUCUCGACCGCCUGGUCGCACAUUUGAAAACUCUAGAGUCCGGCCUGGUCGGCAUUCUUCAGAGUGUCCGCGAGAGUCCAGACUCAGCCACUACCGCAGAAGCAAUCGACGAUCUGGUAGAGUCCCUGAACAAGUAUGCCGGUGUCGGUACCUGGCUCUGUCAGGGUCAGAGCAAGACUGUCAAACAAUCACGACUCGGUAGCUCCAACGGAAUCCGCAGCUCACCAGCCCUGGAACAGCCACUGGCAUUUGAUGAAAGCCUCUGGCUCGACCAUAUCGAGGCUGUGGUGCGAAUUGCAAGCAAUGUUUUCGCCUUCAUACAAGGCAGUAAUCAAACAACUGUGCAAUCUACCACUCUUACCGAGAAUGACCGUUUGACAACCUCCUUCCGGGCGCUCGUCCAGCAAGUCUUCACGGCCCUUCUCGCGAGCACGGUCAAAGCCAACACUGCCGAACGAACCGACAUGUCAUUCCUCCGCAUCCUGCGUGCAUUCCUGACUCGAGCAGCCACAUGGUCCACUUCUCUUCUGGAGCUUCGAGCGGUCCUAGCAUCCAUCUUCUCCGCCUACUCCUACGAGAAGUCCCUCCUCACCCUUGCCAACGGCAUGCUAGACCGUGACCUCUUCGUUCACGUCGAUGAAGUCACGCGCCUCCGCCAACAAGGCUGGCGGCCCCGCGGACACGUCUGCGAAAUCUGCCAGGGCCGAAUCUGGGGACCCAGUGUGGGUGAUGCGCACUGGACAGCCUGGCAAGACCGACAGGCGGAAUCUCACUCGCGCCGCCUCACGCGUCGCAUAGAAGAUGGGUACAAUCCCUCCGAGCGGGGCAAAGGCAAAGCCGCCGAUGUGGGGCACCAUCCAUCACGCUUGGAUGCGCACGCGCACCAGCAUGACCCUGACGAAGACCAUGACCAGGUUGCAUCUGGACCGGUCGGACCAAUUCCAGAACCGGUGGUGGUUUUCUCGUGUCGACAUCUGUUCCAUCGUCGGUGCGUGUCGGCUGCCAUCGGUGCGGCCGCCCGUCCUGAAACUGGGACUCGGAGUGAGCCGCCCGAAUUGUUUUGUCCAGCUUGUACAUAG